AUGAUGGCCCUUCCACAAGCAACAUUGCCCUCGAAAGAGGCCGGCUUCCACGACGACAACGACUCCUCCUUCCCGGUCCCGCCUCCGUACGAGGCCGCGGCCUACCCCCGCGUCCGGCCCCGUCGCGCCAUCGCGCGGAGCCUCGUCUCACCGCGCGUGCUCGUUUGUGUCUUUUUCGCCGCCCUCCUCGCCUGGCCCGCGCUUCUCCUCGUGCGAGAGGCCACGCUCCGCGACGUCGCCCGGCAUGCGUCCUCGUCCGCCCACCUGGCUCGCUUCCGAGACUCCGUCAAGCACUGCGCCGCACUCCGGACGCUUCCCGAGAACCCCGAGCCGGGAUCCCGCAAGUCCAACCCGCGAUGGAACCCGGCCCGUGGCCAGGCCAGGCCCGUCGUGCUGCGCAACAUGACCUUCUUCGACGGGGAGUCCGUCGCCCCCGAGCCCAUGGACAUCCGGUUCGACAGGGGCCUCAUCACGGAGCUCGCGACGACGGCCUCGAGGUCCAUCCAGUCCCGCGGGGGGGCCGCCGAAGACGAACACGACCUGCACGGCCGCUUCGUGACGCCCGGCCUGGUCGACAUGCACUCGCACCACUCGACCGGCCUGUGGCCGGCACUGCCCGUCACCAGCGACGAGAACGAGAUGAGCAAGGCGUACGGCCCGCUGACCCCCUUCAUGCGCAUCCUCGACUCGAUGAAGGCGUACGACGACGCCACCCGCAUCAUCAUGUCCGGCGGCAUCACCACCUCGCUCAUCCUGCCGGGCUCCGCCAACGUCAUGGGCGGCGAGGGCACCGUCAUCAAGAACGUGCUCAAGUCGGGCGAGCUGGGCGAGUACGUCGUCGAGGAGCUGCUGCUCGAGCACAACAUCCCGCCCGAGGCCCGCCACCGCUACAUGAAGCUGGCCUGCGGCGAGAACCCCAAGCGCGUCUACGGCCACACGCGCAUGGCCAACGCCUACAUCCUGCGCGAGCAGUUCGCCAAGGCCAAGGAGCACCUGCAGAAGCAGGACGAGUACUGCGAGGCCGUCGCCAGCGUCUCGCCCGGGUCCGACGACGACGACGACCUGAAGCUCCGCUUCGUCAGGGACCACGGCGACUUCCCCAGCGACCUGAAGCUCGAGUCCACCGUCGGCAUGCUGCGCGGCCGCGUCGCCAUGCAGAACCACUGCUACCUCCCGGAGGACUUUGAGACCAUGCUGCGCGUCACCAAGGAGUACGGCGUCCGCGUCCGCGCCUUCCACCACGCCCUCGAGGCCUGGCAGGUCCCCGAGAUGCUCAAGGCGUACGGCGAAAACGUCACCGUCGCCACCUUUGCCGAGUUCAGCCUGUACAAGUUCGAGGCCUACGCCCCAAGCCUGUCCUCCGGCCGGAUCCUCAACGAGCACGGCAUCCCCGUUGCCUACAAGUCGGACCACGGCCCCGCCAGCGAGACCAACGCCAAGUAUAUCAUGUUCCAAGCCGGCGUCGGCCACGCGUUCCACCUGCCGGAGGACAAGGCCCUGCAGUCCGUCACGUCCAUCCCCGCAAACGCCAUCGACCUGGGGUAUCGUGUCGGCUACGCCCGCCCGGGCUACGACGCCGACCUGGUCGUCUGGGACGCCCACCCGCUGUCCAUCGGCGCGACCCCGCUGCAGGUCUACGUCGACGGCAACCCGCAGCUGGAGCACCACAUCGUCCGGGAGAGCAUGGGCACGACCUUCAACGAGGCGUCGGCCGAGGGGGCCCUCCCCGCGUCGCCCAAGAUGCGAACGGAGCCCGCGCCCGAGAAGAGGGCCGCCUUCUGCGGCAAGGCCAAAAAGGCGAGGGCCGGUUUCGUCAUCAACGGCAUCACGAACACCUUCCUCGAGAGCCACCCCCAGGUGCCCACCGUCUUCCGCGACGUCGCCGGCGGGAACCUCACCCUCGUCAUCAGCAACGGGGCGGUCGCCUGUCUCGGCACGCCCGAGAACUGCUCGUCGGCGGCCGCCCGGGUCUCGGCGGAGCCCGACGUCACCACGCUCGACCUGUCCAACGGCCACGUCCUCCCGGGCCUGACGGCGCUGACGGCCUCCCUCGGCAUGGUCGAGAUCGCGACGGAGGACUCCACCGGCGACGGCUUCGCGGACCCCAAGAAGGACGGCGGCAACCCGGAGAACCUCGACUUUGCAAAGUACGGCGUCCAGCUGGAGGGCAAGGCCUUCUCGCGCGCGCGGCUCGGCGGCAUCACCCGUGCCGUCACGCCCCCCCUCAGCGAGGAGGGCGGCUUCGUCAACGGCGUCAGCGUCGGCAUCCUCACCCGCACCGACCGCACCCUUCUCGACGGCGGCGUCUUCCGCCCCGAGGUCGCGCUCCACGUCACCAUCGACGACAAGGCCAAAGCCGGCGUGGGCUCCAUCAGCACCGCCGUCAAGAAGCUGCGCAAGAUCCUCGCCGACGGCAAGGGGAAGCACAACGAGACGACGUUCGGCGAGGUCGCUUCCGGCAAGCUGCCGCUCGUCGUCAACGCCAACAACCACUGGGACAUUCAACAAAUCAUCAACAUCAAGAAGGACUUCCCCGACGUGAACAUUGUCAUUCAGGGCGGUGCCGAGGCGCCAUUGGUCGCCCUGGAGCUCGCCGAGUCCCAGAUCCCCGUCAUUCUCACGGAGACCCGCCCGGCGCCGUACUCCUUCCGGCACCGCGACGCCGUGGUGGGCCCUCCUCUGACCCCGAGCGUCGCCCGCAUCCUGAGCGAAGCAGGCGUCUACUUCGCGGUGGCCAUCGUUGCAGAUAUCAUGCCCGCCGACUACCGCAUCCACGACCUCGCCCUCGAGGCGGCCUGGGCCGCCAAGUACGCCAACCUCGGCGACAAGGAGGCCGUCCGCCUCGUCUCCUCCAACGUCGAGGACAUCCUCGGCCUCCCCAAGAGCAACGACAUUGUGGUGUGGGAGGACAGCCCGCUCGAGUUUGGGGGCACUGUGGCGCUCAGCUUCGAGACGAGCAAGGACGGCGAGCUCGAGGUUGCCGCCUGCUGGCCGCAAGAACACGACAAGUAG